GGACGUCGAGGGGAGUGUCUUAAAACUGAAGGAGUAUAAUGGCCGCCACCAUGUUAGAAAAAAAAAUAGCUUUUGACAGUAGUUGGAACUCGUUCUUGCAUUUUAGUUUCCAUCGAAACAUGACAAAUAAAAUGCACUGGAUCAUUCUAUUGCUGCUUGCAAUUUCAAGAAAAUGCUGGUGUGAAGAUGGUCAUGAAAUGGAAGAGUUUCUGAAGAGGGAGUACUCGCUGUCCAAGCCGUACCAAGGAAUCGGCUCCUCCAGCUCAUCCCACUGGGAACUGAUGGGUGACGCCAUGAUAACUACGGACCACGUGCGGCUGACGCCUGACAUGCAGAGCAAGCAGGGGGCAGUGUGGAGCCGCAUUCCCUGCUUCCUGCGGGACUGGGAGCUGCAGGUGCACUUCAAGAUCCAUGGCCAGGGCAAGAAGAACCUGAAUGGCGAUGGGCUGGCGGUGUGGUACAGCAAGGAGCGCAUGCAGACGGGCCCGGUGUUUGGAAAUCAGGACAUGUUCACUGGCCUGGGAGUGUUUGUGGACACCUACCCAAAUGAGGAGAAGCACCUGGAGGCGCAGAAGAGGAGGUAUACCCCUCGCACACAGAGGAUCUUUCCCUAUGUGCUGGCCAUGGUGGGCAACGGGAGCCUGACCUAUGACCACGAGCGGGACGGCCGGCCCACCGAGCUGGGGGGCUGCACUGCUGUGGUGCGAAACCUGCAGCACGACACCUUCCUCUUCAUCAGAUACGUACGGCGCCGGCUGACGGUCAUGAUCGAUGUCGACGGGCAGCACGAAUGGAAGGACUGCCUGGACAUCCCGGGGGUGCAUCUGCCGCAGGGAUACUACUUUGGGGCGUCUGCCAUCACCGGGGACCUGUCAGAUAACCAUGACUUGAUAUCCAUGAAGCUGUACCAGUUGACCGUGUUGCGCAGCAAGGAGGAGGAAGAGCAGGCGGCGAAAGAUGACGAGAUCACGAUUCCCAGUGUGGACAAUAUAGAGCUGCUCCAGGGGGAUGUCGUGGAGGGAAAAAUGAGUGGGGUAGCACUCUUCUUCACCGUGCUCUUCUCCCUGUUGGGCUGCAUCGUGCUGGUGAUCAUCGGCCUCGCCCUCUACAGCCACUGGAGCGAAAACAGCCGCAAGCGUUUCUACUGAGUGGGGAUUGUGGGGGGGAGGGGGGGGGGCUAUAGCGGUCUCCGGAGAUCAAAGAUAAAACUGAGAUGGGCUCACUUCCAACCUCCACCGUCGCCCUACCCCCUGGGACAGGACAGCAGGUUACUGGCCUCGGUAAUAAAGGAGAGCUCCUUCAUCUCAGCAUCACUUCCUCUGCCCCGCCCCCCCACCCCAAACCCAACCCCAAACCCAACCCCUUCCUCUGCCCCUGCUUAUGCUAUAUCUGAAACUGGAGCAGCAGAAAGACCAAACCAGGUCCGCCAGAUGGUUCUUUUCAAUCCACCCUGCCAAAAAACAGAGUAAGUCCUCCGCUAACCCCCAAAACAAACAGACCCAAAUGAUUGUUCUGCCCUAAUGUUGUAAGGUUUGGGGCAUAGUGUGUGUGUGUGUAUGUGUGUGUGUACGGUUGCGUGUUUGUGUGUUAGUUUACACUGGUGCCACACAGGAUACCAUCAUCCUUAUUUUAAAUUUUUGUUUGUGUCUAGCAGAGGAGUGUUUUUAUUUCUGAUCGAUUUCUCUUUAAACCCCGCUACGUUCCCUGUAUGAGUUUUUCGCCUCAGUGUUUGAACUGACAUGUCGUGCUGAAAAUCGCCUCCAAUGUCUGGCGCUGCAGUUUCCUUAAAGCCGCAUACUGGAUUUAAGUUCUUGCAAUCCACACCAAACCUCGUGGGCACUGAGUGCAGACCGUGUUUCCCCCCCCAAGUUAGUGUGAACAGUUAAGACACAGGAGAAUCAGUGCUCAAUGCUGACUACAACCGCCCCCUCCCCCCAAAAGCUAUAUGAUUUUACAUGACUGCCUUGUGUAAUUUCUCUGGAUCUCUAUGUUGUGUAGUUGCGCAUGAAGAUGUAUAUCUUUGAAACCACUGUUGCGUUUACCGCAUGUGUCACAGCUCUGGGAUUGGAGAAGUCAGGUGCGUGUAGUUUUUUUUCUUUUUCUUUUUCUUAAUCAUGACUGUGAUGCUGGAGAGACUUGAGUGGAAAGGCAGAUCUGACACAAUUCCCUAGCAGCUCUCUUAGCUGUGACACAAGGCAGAUUUCAGAGUGGAAGGUGUUCUGUGAACUGCCACUGAAAUCAUUUCCAUGCCCAGUUUGGAGACGUCCACGCUAAUGCAGCACAUAUGGUCUUGUGUGUGAGACUAAUGGUAUAGAAACUCAGAAGUAUAGGCUGUGGCUUUAACGGCACUUCUCUCCAAUCAGAUAAUGUUAUGAUAAAUUGCCGUUCUCAGCAUCCUAUUAUUAUUAUUAUUAUUAUUAUUAUUAUUAUUAUUAUUAUUAUUUUCUUCCCUAAGGUGCCUCUUAGUUUGCAUUGUGGUGGAGGUUUUCCCUUCUGGUAGAUGCUGGUACCAGGCUGUGUUUGUACAUUUUUUAUUUUUUUUUUAACCAGCCUGGUUACACCUUGCUAAACUUGCUACCCUGAGUUCUCUGCUGUUGUGCAUCUCAGUGCACUCAGAAAUCUGGAGCCGUGGAACAUCAAAUUGGUGUAGCUCAAUACUCGGUUAAUUUUAGAUCUGGGCCUAGAUGAAUUGGUGUUUACAUUUAGCGUUCGCUUCGUGCCGGGUCUCGCUUGGAGGUCCAGUCCGGGAGCUCCUGAUUUACGUAAACCUUCGGACAGCAUACAGCAGUUGUCUUGCUCGCUGCUGUCGGGUCAUUGUUACGUGUACGGUUAGGAACAGGGCAGCCCUUCAGUGAAGAACACCGUGUUCCACCCCUUGAGCUCACAGAAAGCCCCGGGAGACCCCAGUGAUCACAUUCACUUGCUCCUGGGAGGGAAGCCCUUCCGGCUUUGGUUACUUAGUCGUGUGUGGGUUUUUUGCCCAGUUAGUUCUGUGAGCACAGUGGUUCUGAAAAAUAAGGUUUAAAUGACACAUAGGGCUAUUACAUAACUCAAUAAGCCUCUCAUACUUAAGACCACUAAAGACCUUCACAGCCUUACUGUUUAGAUUUUCAGACAUUGUGAACCACUCGUGAGCUGUGAUCCUAGCAUGACAGGAGUAGGGAUUGCUUUCCAGACAGUGAAAACAUGCCGUGUUCAGUAAAAUAAUAUGACCACAUUCUCUGCGAGGACCGGCAGGCUUUAAUAUCAUGGGGUUUCUCAGGGGAUAGGGCCGAUGGUUUGAAUGUUCACCCUAAUGCAUAUUGAUUGAUCUGUGUUCAGUAUUUUUCCUCAGCUGUGGAAUUAAGUGUCUUGAAGAAAACUGAGCCUUUUGAAUGCUGUCACCAGCUUAAUGUCUGACCACCAGUGAUCACCUUCUGGAACAAUGUUCAACACUAGCUAGUACAACCUGAAAGAUUUUAUUUCAUGUGCACUGAUUUGUUGUGAAUCUUCCCCAUAUGCUGCAGCACAUUGGAUAUUUGUGGAUCGAGCACAUUUGUACUGUCAGGAGUCUCUUUUUUUUUGUCAUGUUAUUUAAUAAAGGGGAGGGUUUUUAAACAAUAA